UGGGCGGAGUUGCGUCGGCGUUAGCGGUGGGCGGAGGUGCGCCGGCCGUCGGCGGAGUUGCGUCCGCGUCGGUGAUCGGCGGAGCGGCGUCGGCGGUGGUGGAGAGGGGCAGGCGCCGGCAGUAGCGGUGACGGUCGUCGCGACUUCAGUGUCGGUGGUGUUGGUCCCGGAAAUGGAGGCGGUGGCAACGGCAGCGAUGGUGCUCGCUGUCCCGGAAGUGGGGAACACGGCGGUGGCGGAUGUGACGUCAUCUUUUACAGUAAUCAAAAGAAUGAAGAGGGAAAUUGGAGCUUUCUUCUGGCUCACGUGUGUAAUACAUUCGUGCAUAGGAACAACAGAUCCUGGGACUUCAUGCAAUGAAAAAGAUGAAGAUGUAGAUGGGAUAGAUUUCAAACCAUCCAGAACUGCAGAUGUUCAGAAUCAUGAAGGACAUGAAGCUACUGUAGGAAAGGAUGAAGGAAACAUCACUUUAUUCAUUGCUGCCAUAAUAAUUUUAUUAAUUUGCAUUCGUUACUAUUUAAAGUCAAAUAAAAAUCACAGACCAACUUCUGAAAAUCAGCCAUUCCAACGUUCGUCGCAAGCGAUCAAAAGAAUGAAGCGGCAAAUUACAGCUCUCCUCCACUUCACGUUUGCAAUAUUGUUAGGUCUCGGAACAGAAAUGGAUGUUGCAACCGCAAACGAUGAGAAAGGACAUGAAGCUACUGCAGGAAAGAAUAUAACAAACAUCAUUUUCUUGAUUGUUAUCAUCAUACCUUCCAUACAAGGAAAUAUUCUCUUUAAUUUUCCUCACUAUGCAAAGCAAAAAGAAAAUCACAGAAAAGUUUCUGAAGAAGGGUCUUUCGAACAAUCCUCGUUAAGAAAUGAUGCUGAAGCUUCCGAAAUAAGAACUGAAACAGCUUUGAGUGUCUUGAAUACAGACGUAAAAAAUAAUCCAGAAGCUUCUGAAGUAAGAACUGAAAUGCCUUUGAGUGAAUUGAAUACAGGCGUAAAAAGUAUUCUGGAAGAUAUAAAACAGCAGCACAGACUUUACCUUCACAAAAUGAACGAGAACAUAACAAUCACAGGAGAGAACAGAAGAAUUUGGAGAUGUCCACUGAGUGAAAGAUACACCAAAGUAACAAUUAUUGCUUCAUUGGAUGAGCAGGAACAAAUAGACCAUGCACUGAAGAUAAGGAGUAUGGCAGGUGAAGAAUUCUGGAGGAAAACUGAGCAAAAUCAUCCGGAAGAAAUACCGUUAGAUUGUUUAUUGAGAAAACAUUGCAAUCAGACAGUAGUCUCUAGGACAACUCUCAUCAUUGGACCCUCAGGUUUUGGAAAAAGUACCACAAUACGGAAAAUAAUACAUGGUUGGGCAGCAGGCAAAAUGUACCAAGAAAUUCAUGCCAUCUUUCCAUUUGAAGUUCAGCAAUUGAAUUCUAUAGAUGGUGAAACAUGCUUAAACGAACUGAUACUAUAUUUCUUUCCUCGUUUUGAAAACUGCUUAGAACUUUUGUGGAAAGAACCAGAGAAAAUAUUGUUCAUAUUCGAUGACUUGGAUCUUUUCCAGACCACCGAUUUCACCAAUUUGGCAAGUGACAAUGAUCAUGAAUAUCAAUAUUUAGGGCCUGAACAUUUCUGUAAUAUAUCCCACAUUGUGUGUUGUCUUUUAAAAGGGCGAUUGCUGAAAGGCUGCUCAGUGUUGGCGACAAGUUCCCCAUGGAAACUACAGACUUUUGCAAACGUUGGAUCAAAUCGAGCUCUUGAUAUCCUGGGGUUCAGUGCAGACACAAUGAAACAAUAUUUUCAAUGCUGCCUUGCAGCUGAACAGUUUGCUUUGGAUGUUCUAAAUUAUAUUGAGCAUGAUGAGAUGUUUUACACAAUGUGCCAUAAUCCUCGCUUUUGUUCUGUUCUGUGUUCGAUGCUGGAAGUACAGCAGAAUCAAAGAGCCCCGAUGCCAGUAGCCACAACUAAUACAAGGAUGCUCCUCACUUUUGUCACUUGUCCUUUGAGGAAAUGUUAUUAUGAGGAUGUCAUUACUCAUUUUAUGCUUCUGAGAUUGGGUAGUUUAGCCUACUGGGGAGUUUGCAACAAAACCAUUGUGUUUAAAGUAGGCCAAUUCAAACAGCACAAGCUCCCCUUUUCUAAUUGGAUCUCUGCGUUUAUGAUGGAAAUUCAAGACAAUAAUGAUGUUGGCUACGUGUUCACUCACGCCAUUUUGAAGGAUUUUGUAGCUGCACUUUUUAAAAGUCAAAGUACAACAGUAGACCAAGUGAAAAAAACACUUACUGAGUGGUACAACUGCAAUGACGACAGAUUUAAGUUUGUUUCGCGUUUUUUCAUUGGACUGUCAUCACCAAAUUUAAUUGAACAGAUUGGGUUUUAUUGGGACGAACAACCUUCUGAAACAGCCUCAAAUGUAUCAGACUGGCUGAAAGAAAAAUUCAACAGUUGUGUGCAGAACUUGGAAAGUGACAGAAAUCAAAGAAAACUGCUCGAAAUAUUGUACUGUCUUCUUGAAUUUGGAGAUGCAGCACUGAUGGAAGAUGUCUUAACUCCAAUGAAGACAAUAAGAUUCACAAAGUGCCCUCUUAAAACGUUUGACUGUAUGAUUCUAUCUAAAACAUUAAUGAUAGUUCAGGAGAUUGAGAAGCUGGAUCUAGACAGUUGUGAUAUAGAUGAUGAGGGCAUCCACCAGCUCGAACAAGUGCUGCAUAAAUGUGAAAUACUCAGUCUCAACAUGAAUAAACUGAGUGAUUUAGGAGCGGAAUAUCUCUGUGCCAUUCUGAAGAAGGAACAUUGCAAAAUACAGACAUUGUCGUUGUUACACAAUCAAUUUUCGGAGAAAGGACUGAAAAGAUUGAAGUCGAUUUGUACAUCGAAUGAUUUAACUGUAAUAACAGAAUGAAGGAGAGUGAAUAAAUUAUUUUCUAAUAA